GAGAGAGAGAGAGAAAGAGAGAGAGAGAGAGAAAGUCAUUGCGCGUGCCUGCCGCGCGCUAAAAAGUCCAGUCACAAGCUGCGGGGGACGUGCACCACACAAGUCCUCCUGUCUUUACACUUCACGCCCGACAAGACCACCGGACCGGAGCGACCACAGGAGGACUAAGAAAGACAGGGGGACGUCAAAUAAGAUAAGGAGCACGCGGUUCCCUACCCCGUGCGUCAUGCCGCCCGCGCUCCAAGCCGCCUGACGCGCCUCCAGCCACUGCCACCACCGCCGCCGCCGCCUUCUCUUCCACCGCCGCGACCAUGAAGACGACGCGUAAGUGUCGCGCUCUUCUGUCGGUGGGCCUGAACCUGGUGGCGCUGCUGUUUUCCACCACGGCCUUCAUCACCACGUACUGGUGCGAGGGCACGCAGCGGGUGCCCAAGCCCAACUGUAGCGCACAGCGGCGCCACAACUGUAUCGACUACGGCGUCAACGAGACGGACCAGAGCAAGGUGCACUACAGCUGGGAGACCGGCGACGACCGCUUCCUCUUCAGACGCUUCCACACGGGAAUCUGGUACUCGUGCGAGGAGAACAUCCACGAGGCAGGUGAGAAGUGUCGCAGCUUCAUUGACCUGGCCCCCGCCUCGGAGAGAGGCGUGCUGUGGCUGUCGGUGGUGUCGGAGGUCCUGUACAUCCUGCUGUUAGUGGUGGGCUUCAGCCUGAUGUGUUUGGAGCUCUUCCACUCCAGCAACGUCAUCGACGGGCUCAAGCUGAACGCCUUUGCUGCCGUUUUCACCGUGCUGUCCGGUCUUCUGGGAAUGGUGGCCCACAUGAUGUACACUCAAGUGUUUCAGAUCACCGUCAGUCUGGGUCCUGAAGAUUGGAGGCCUCACAGCUGGGAUUAUGGAUGGUCUUUUUGCAUGGCGUGGGGUUCCUUCACGUGCUGCAUGGCUGCCUCGGUCACCACGCUCAACUCCUAUACCAAGACAGUCAUCGAGUUUCGCCACAAGCGCAAACUCUUCGAGCAGGGUCUCCGCGAGGAGCAGAACUUCCUGGACCAGGAGGCCUUCCACUACUUCCGAGAGCGCUCCUUGCAGUCUAUCUCGGGCACGCUGGACAUCUACCCGGGUCCUGGGGGCAUACCCGGGCCCCCUCCGGACCCAGUGGUGGGUCGGUCCAAGAUGAGAACCGCUUCCGUUGACUUGGGCGAGAACACGGACUCGCUGGGGGAGGAGCAGUGCUGAAAAAGGUCACAGAGGUGGUUCUGAGCAAGAACCUGGACCUGGUUCUAGCAUUACAAUUUGAAUUUGUAGCCGCCUUUACUUUAUUAAGACUUGACAAGACAAAUGGAAAUUUCAAUGAAACAAGACUUGAAUUGUACACUUUGUCCAUACAUGUAAUAACAAAAUAUGACAUACCAUAUAAUGCAACAACCAAUACACUGUAUCAGAUCCUUAAAAUUUGUGGAAUUUUUUUUUCAUUUUUGAUUUUAGCACAUUUCACAUUUAUGUGUAGUAUUUGGAUGUAAUUUUCAAUAUAUAAUUAAUCAGAGGGUGGGUUUGCACGUCUGCUUCACAGUACAGAGGUGCAGGGUUCGAUUAUG